UUCAAGCCAGUGGCGCACAUGCUGUGAAUGGCUGCUUCGUGUUGGGCUCCUGUUUUUCUCUGGACUCAAGAGUAAUGUUUGGUUACGUGCAGCUUCUGUUUUGUUCACGUAUGAUAAAAUAGUAGCUGUACGUACAACCGGGCUUGGUAAGGUUGAUGUGAAUAUUAGUAAUAAGUGACGAACACUGUGGAAAUCCCAUGACUCAUUUUCUACUUCAACCAAGCAACACGGAACAAACUGUUAAAAUCUGAAUACUUCUUCCAUCACUGCUAGUGAGUAAGUGUAGUGUGUGCUGGUAGCUAUAUUAGUGGAGGUGUUGGGACAGAACCAGCGCUCCCGUCUCCGCAUAGACGUGAAUAUGAGGCGAGUUACGGUUUCACGGCACCAGUGUGUGAUAUAUGUGAUAUAUAUAUGUGUGAUAUAUGUGAAUAAAGAGAGAGAGCGAGAGCGCAGCUGCGGUCGAGCGAGCCAGAUAGUGAAUAAAGAGAGAGAGCGCUAGAGGUGAGAAACCGGAGUUACAAGUGGUAUUCCUGUUAACUGGUUCUCUUUCCUUGUAAUUGUAAACGUCGAGAGUUUCUCGGCAGUGACAGCACAUGUUUAAAUCAGAGAGGAAACGUUGUUGACCUGCAAAUGCCUGAUGAUGAUUUUAUAUCACUCAUAAUUUCAUAGACUAGACUAUCCAUCUGAUAAAUUCAGCUCAUGGUUUAUGGAGUUCAAUGAAACUGUGGGAUCAGAAGUAUUCCUAACCAUAUUUUGAUGUAUUUUCUUCAAAAUAAAAACUCUCCACCUGGGUUUCGACACAAACUGACGGUACAUUGUGCUGCAUCACUGAGCGAUGCGGCUUUGAGAACUACCUAUAUACCCAAACACACAGCUUAUUUAGAGGCAAAAACAACCGUAUAUUAUCUUCGGGUUUUAAAAUACCUCUGCUAGAUUAACUUGAGACCACUGUUACUGCAGCGAUAGCUGCCACACAAGCCCAGUUUCCGCCUCCGAAGUGAAACAUGGGCGUGCUUUUUUUGGAAAGAGAAGUACCCAUUUCCAGUGAAAUGACACGUCAUUUGAAAAGAACGACAUUGAAAGGAGUGGAGAUUUUGUUUCCGGUGUCCGGCUCAGAUGUUGUGAAGUCGAGAAGAUGAGUGAUUGUGCAGAGGAAGAGGUGGACAGAGCAAAGUCUCCAGGAUGCAGCUGUCUGUCGAUGAAGAGUAACCACUCUAAGGGAUAUCCUGUAAACUUCAAUACUGAACCUGCACCUCAUUCACACUCACUACACUGCAACCAGAGAAAGAGAGCAAAGUCUGUGGAGACUACAUGUCAGUCGAUGACGAGUGACUGCUCUGAUGAUUUUCCUCUAGGCUCUAGUGAUGAAAGUCAGCCUUCACCUACAAAGGGGAGGGAGAGGUGUGGUGGUGCUGAGGAGGAGCUGCUGUCCUGCUGUGUCCCAGUGGUCGAAGGACUGAUGAAGGUUUUAGAUGAAUAUAAGAUCAGUCUGAGGAGAAGAUGUGAAUGUGUGACUGAAGGAACUGAUGAAACAGGAAGCAGAACCUUCCUCAACAGGAUCUACACUGAGCUCUACAUCACAGAGGGACAGAGUGAAGAGGUUAAUACUCAACAUGAGGUUUGGAAGCUUGAGUCAGCCUCCAAGAUGGAGGAAAACAUUCAAAUUAAGUGCCACAACAUCUUUCAAGUCUUACCUGACCAACAGAAACAUGUCAGAGUUGUUCUGACGAACGGUGUUGCUGGCGUUGGAAAAACAUUCUCAGUGCAGAAGUUCACUCUGGACUGGGCAGAGGGCUUAGAAAACCAAGAUGUCAGUCUGGUGAUCCUGCUUUCGUUCAGGGAGGGAAUCUGCUUCCGUCGGCUCUCGUCUGGAUAA